UUUCCUUUUGUUUUUUCCUCUCCUCCUGUCACUGCCACCCCAGAGGAAGAGAGGGAGAGCCCAUUGCUCACGCGCUCCUCUCUGCAGUUACCCGCUGCCGUGAUUCCUCUCCCGAUGCCUUUGGGAAUCUCCCCAGGUUAAGUCAUCGUCUCCCAUGGAUUUCAACAGCUGGAGAAGAAGAUAAAGGCUUUUCUCUCCUCUCUCAUUCCUUCCUUUUGACUCUUGAAGCCAGAGCAGUCCCCAGCUGACAGGCACGAUGCUGGCACGAGCCCUGCAGAGCCUCCUCCUCCUGUGCCUGGUUGAGAAGAGCAUUGGCAAGGUCAGAAGGUACUACAUUGGGGCAGUGGAAACCUCCUGGGACUACGUGCACAGCGACCUGCUCUCUGUGCUACAAGCACCUGCAAGCACGUCAGGGCAGCCCAGCCCACGGCCCCCCGUGCCUGCUGUCCCUCCUCGGUUCAGGAAGGCCGUGUUUGUGGAGUACCCUGAUGCCUCAUUCACACAGCCCAAGCCCAAGCCAGCGUGGAUGGGUCUCCUGGGUCCCACCAUCAGAGCAGAAGUCUAUGACACAGUGGUCAUCACGUUUAAGAACCUGGCCUCCCGCCCCUACAACCUCCACGCCGUCGGGGUGUCCUACUGGAAGGCGUCAGAAGGUGCAGGGUAUGAGGACGAGACCAGCCAGCCAGAGAAAGAGGGUGACAAGGUGGAUCCAGGGAAGACAUACACAUACAUCUGGAAGAUCCAGGAAAAUCAGGGCCCAACAGAUGGUGACUCCUCAUGCCUGACCCACUCCUACUGCUCCAACACCGACAGCGUGAGGGACAUCAACUCGGGUUUGAUGGGAGCGCUGCUCGUGUGCCGACCCGGGACCCUGGAGAGCAAUGGGAACGAGGGUGCACAGCAGGAGUUCGUUUUGCUCUUUGCAGUGUUUGAUGAAGGGAAAAGCUGGUACUCUGAGCUUCAGCCCCUGCCUCACGAGAGGACAGAGCUGCACUCCAUCAAUGGCUACAUCAACGGCUCCCUGCCCGGUCUCACGCUGUGCCUCAAAAAGCAGGUUCAUUGGCACGUGAUAGGGUUGGGCACUGGGCCAGAAGUCCACUCCAUCUUCUUUGAAGCCCACACCUUCCUGGUGAGAAGCCACCGUCUCAGCAGCCUGGAAAUCUCCCCUGCCACAUAUCUCACAGCCCAGACUGUGCCAGGGACAGCUGGCUGGUUUCGGAUGUUCUGCCAGAUAUUGUCCCACGAGCAAGCUGGCAUGGAGGCCGUUGUGAAGGUGGAGGAGUGUCUGGAGGAGCGCCUGAUGAAGAUGGGGAAGUUGUCAGAUGAGCCAGAAGACGUGGAGUACCCCGAGGAAGAUGAGGAAACUUACCACGUGAUCCAAGUGCGCUCCUUCGCCAAACAGAAGCCCAUGACCUGGACUCACUACAUCGCAGCUGAGGAAAUGGACUGGGACUAUGCCCCUGUGAAGCCAGUGUCUCUGGACAGAAACCUGACAGCCCUGUUCCUGGAGGCUGGGCCUCAGCGCAUCGGUUCCAAGUAUAAGAAAGUGAUGUUUGUGGAGUACGAGGACGGCAGCUUCAAGAAGCGCAAGGCAUCAGAUCAGCUGGACAAGGGCAUUCUGGGGCCUGUCAUUAAAGGGGAGGUUGGAGAUCAGUUUAAGAUUGUGUUCAGGAACCUGGCAAGCAGACCAUACAACAUCUACCCCCAUGGCCUCACCAGUGUACAGCCAUACCAUGCUGUGAAGUCCUUUCAAGAUAAGGAUGUGAAGGACAUUCCUGUGCCCCCUGGCCAGUCCUUCACCUACAGCUGGAGGAUCACCACCGAGGACGGGCCCACGCAGGCAGAUCCUCGCUGCCUCACCCGCUUCUACUACAGCUCCAUCGACCCAGUCAGAGACACAGCCUCAGGCCUGGUUGGGCCCCUCCUGAUCUGCUUUAAGAAGUCCAUGGAUCAGAGAGGAAAUCAGAUCAUGUCAGACAACGCGAGGUUGGUGCUGUUUGCGGUGUUCGAUGAGAACCGCAGCUGGUACCUGCAGGAGAACAUCAGGCGGUUCUGCAGCGACCCAGCACGUGUGGAUCCCCAGGAGCCUCAGUUCUAUGCCUCCAAUGUGAUGCACACUAUUAACGGCUUUAUGUUUGACAAUCUCCAACCAAAGCUCUGCCUGCAUGACGUUGUGUACUGGUAUGUCCUGAGUGUUGGGGCCCAAACAGAUUUCCUCUCUAUCUUCUUCUCUGGAAACACAUUCAAGCACAACAUGGUCUUUGAGAACGUGCUUACUCUGUUCCCGUUCUCUGGAGAAACGGUCUUCAUGAGUUUGGAAAAGCCAGGUGUCUGGACUCUGGGCUGCCUGAAUCCUGAGUUCAGAGACCGAGGGAUGCACGCCAAGUUCAUCGUUUCCCAGUGCCAGCACGAGCAAUACCCUGAUGAGGAGGAUUAUGUGGAUUAUGAGGAGGAGAACUAUGCUUUUGACUUCCAACCCAGGGGCUUCUCCAAAAGAAAGAGGUGGCCCAAGCCAUGUGUGAAGGAGCAAAUGAACAACGUCACCUCUUCCAGAAAUGAGGCAAAGAAGCCGAGGUUGUGCUUGCCACAACCCAGCCGUGGGGCUCUCCUGGGCAAUGGCAGCAUUUCUGAGCCCACUGCCAAUGGCACAUCAACAUCCUUAGGAACAAUCCCACAUCCACCUGCUACACCCAUGUCUUCUCUGCCAGAGAUAAACUAUGAGCCAGUGUCCUAUGAAUCCUUCCUGGAAGAUGAAGAAGAAAGGUCAAAACUCACCAGCCAGGAUGAAGGGUUUGGAGCUGUCCCACCUGGAGAACCCUUGACAAGUGUCAGUGGAAGGGUCCAGGGUGCUGUGAGCUCAGAAGAGGGUCAGCAAUGGCUUCACCAAGUCAUGCCAGCUCCACAAGAUGCUGAUGCAGGAAAGGUGACAAAAAUCUCAGAGGUGCAGGAGCCAGUAGAAAGGAUGAUGGUCCAACCUGGUGGACCAUUAGAGAUCCUGGAGGCAGAGCCUCAAAAUACAACUACUCGUGCAAUGAGCUUGUGGGAUUUCAUUGCUUAUGCCACUAGCAAAGCUCCUCUUGAAGAGAACAGGAGCUCACUUGACCAGAACGACCUGGAGCACACCCUGAGACUUCAAGGGGUGUCUUCACAGGGUGCUGAGGACAAGUUGCUAAGAGGGGCUGAUGAAAUAUCCUUCGAUCUCUACAAGCCAAGGGAGACAAUCAAUCCCAAGCCAGCUGUAAGCAGUGAUCAUCACUCCUACUCCACACUGCACAAUUCUUCUGCCUCUUCAGGUGAGACAGGAGACAAGAAGACUUCUCGUGCCAUGGUUCACAGCCACACCAGAGAGAGCUCAUCAAAUGAGCUGGAUGUGAGGCUGAAAGAGAGCCCUCACAGAGUGGUCUCACAAGGAUUUGAUCUGUCUCCUGAAGGGAAAGAUACUUCUUCCUCAGACCUGGGACCCAGCAAACCUGUCCAAAGGCAAAUCCUCACAGAUGAGAGUAACUCCUUGCCUGCAAAAAGAGACCCAGAACAAGAGGCCAGUGAACUUGCCAAAGGCAUAAGCCUUCUAGAAACCACUUUUGCACACACCAAUGACCUUGAGCCUUCCAGCUAUGUAAUGACAGAAGAGAGGGACGAAUUAAUCUUGGAGUCAGUGUUUCAGGAUGCUACAGCCACUAAAGAAUUGCCAGAGAUGGACAGUCCUGCCUUUCCUGAAUCAAAUGUUGCAGCCAAUGACACAAGGCAGUUCCCAAAUGCUUUCUUAAACAGCCCUGAGCAGAUUCUGAGACAGAAAGCUCCAGCCCCGAGCGUGAGUGGCCCUGACUGGAGGCCUCGACAAGUCAGGUCGCCGGAGAGCAGAGGUUUGAUGCAUGGUCUGGGUCUUCCCAACACCAGCUGGCCUGGCAGCAGAGAGCCCCUCUCUGAGGGUAACAGAGCAGAGCAGGAUCUGCCUAGGCAGACCCCUGAGACAGCAGUGAAUAAGAAAGGCCCACAAGUGUGUGGACCCCAUGCCCCUUUUUGCAGUGCUCGCUUCAAAAAGAGGUCCCUGAUCUCAAGUGACACUUUGCCUGAGGUAACAGUGGCCCAGCAAAGCCUGGAGGAAAAAUCAAAUGGGACUGGAGGGAAACCACAGCCAGGCAGGGAUGCUCCACAGGGGAUGCUUGGAGAUAGUGCUGACAAGAUGCCUCCUGAGGGGAGGCCAAGCACAGGUCGGGGUGUACAGAGCAGCAGUGAGAGAGCCUCAUGCAUUGGAUGCUCCUUCCCCGUGCAGGGGGCACUGGGGAGUGAAGCAGUGAUGGAAUCAGGCAGCUCAGAAGUGCAGGCUGCUGCUAGGGCUGGAGACCUGCCCUCAAACUGGGACCCAGUGUCCAUGGGGACAGCAGGACAUGCUGGGGGCUUGAGGAGCCCAGCUUUGGAAGAGCUGCAGCCAGGCAGAGAGGCUGUCUGGGGGGCUCCUGGGAGCGAGCAAGCUCUGAGGAGAAGCCAGAUGGAGGAGGAGACAAACUCUGUGGAGCAGCUGGGGCAGUUCAGCCCUCAGCCUCAGCAACUCAGGGUCAGUGUCACAGAGGACUACGUGCCUGAGAGCACCUCUGGGCAGACUCCAGAAGAAAACCCUAUGAAACCAGCCUCCAAAGAGGACUACUCCCUGUCUCCAAGCAGCCUUGCUCCCAACCACAGCACUAGCAACCAGCCAGCCAAAGCUGUGCAAGCCACUCAGGAUGGGUGGCAGGAGCUUGAGGGGGAAGAUGUCCUCAGAGAAACCAGGAGGAGAGAGGACCAAGGCCUCGGAAAGCUCACGGAGAGUGGGGAGACAGAUGGGGAGAUGAACCACGGCCCAAGACAGAGGAAGAACAACGGGACCCGCUCCAGCCCCUCAAGGCCAAAGGCUGACAAGGCAGAGUACGACGAGUACGGGGACACGGAGCAGCCCCCCGAGGAGUUCGACAUCUACGGCGACGAGGAGCACGACCCACGCUCCUUCCAGGGGGAGGUACGGCAGCACUUCAUUGCAGCAGUGGAGGUGAUGUGGGAAUAUGGGAACCAGAGACCUCAGCACUUCCUAAAAGCCACCAGGGAGCCGUGGGGCAGCAGCAGGAAGCCCCGGCCCCGGUACCGCAAGGUGGUGUUCCGAGAGUACCUGGAUGAGUCCUUCAGCCAGCCGCUGCAGCGGGGGGAGCUGGAGGAGCACCUGGGCAUCCUGGGGCCCUACAUCAGGGCAGAAGUGGAAGAUGUCAUCAUGGUGACAUUCAAGAACCUGGCCUCACGGCCCUUCUCCUUCCACUCCCCGCUGCAAGCCUACGAGGAGCCGCCGGGCACCGCGGCGAGCGGCGAGGCCGUGCAGCCCGGCCAGCUCCGCAAGUACUCCUGGAAAGUGCUGCCCCAGAUGGCUCCCACCACACAGGAGUUCGACUGCAAGGCCUGGGCUUACUUCUCCAACAUAGACCUGGAGAAGGACCUGCACUCGGGCCUCAUCGGGCCGCUGGUCGUCUGCCGCCGUGGGGUGCUGAGCUUCGUGUUCAGGAGGCAGCUGGCUGUGCAGGAGUUCUCCCUGCUCUUCACCAUCUUUGAUGAGACUAAAAGCUGGUACUUCCUGGAAAACAUGGAAAGGAACUGCCAGCCUCCCUGCCACAUCCACCACAACAACCCUGACUUUAAGAGGAACCAUUCCUUCCACGCCAUCAACGGCUACGUGAGUGACACCCUGCCCGGGCUGGUGAUGGCCCAGCAGCAACGGGUGCGAUGGCACCUCCUGAACAUGGGCAGCACCGAGGACAUCCACUCUGUGCACUUCCACGGGCAGCUGUUCAGCGUCAGGACCAGCCAGGAGUACCGCAUGGGGGUCUACAACCUGUACCCCGGUGUCUUUGGGACGGUGGAGAUGUGGCCCUCUCAUGCUGGGAUCUGGAGGGUAGAGUGCAAAGUUGGAGAGCACCAGCAAGCUGGCAUGAGUGCUCUCUUCCUUGUGUACGACCAGAACUGCAGAAACAGCCUGGGUCUGGCCUCGGGCCACAUCGCAGACUCUCAGAUCACAGCAUCAGGGCACUAUGGGCAGUGGGCUCCGUACCUGGCCAGGCUGGGUAACACUGGCUCCAUCAAUGCUUGGAGCACCGACCGCAGCAACGCCUGGAUCCAGGUGGACCUUUUGCAUCUCAUGAUUAUUCAUGGCAUAAAGACCCAAGGGGCCAGACAAAAGUUCUCCAGCCUUUACAUCUCCCAGUUUGUUGUCUUCUACAGCCUCGAUGGGCAAAAGUGGAAGAAAUACAAGGGGAAUGCCACCAGCACUCAAAUGCUGUUCUUUGCAAAUGUGGAUGCAGCUGGGGUGAAAGAGAAUAGCUUCAGCCCCCCCAUCGUAGCGCGGUACGUCCGCAUCAACCCCACGCACCACAGCAUCCGCAGCACGCUGCGCAUGGAGCUCCUGGGCUGCGACCUCAACAGCUGCUCCAUGCCCCUAGGGAUGGAGAACAGAGGGAUCCCUGACCAGCGUAUCUCUGCAUCCUCCUACAGCACCAACGUCUUCUCCAGCUGGGCACCGUCCCAGGCCCGCCUGAACCUGCAGGGAAGGACCAAUGCCUGGAGGCCAAAGAACAACAGUCCCAGCGAGUGGCUGCAGGUGGACUUUGAAGUAACCAAGAAGGUGACUGCAAUCAUAACCCAAGGUGCCAAAGCUGUCUUCACCAACAUGUUUGUGAAGGAGUUUGCUGUCUCCAGCAGCCAGGAUGGUGUGCACUGGAGCCCAGUCCUGCAGGAUGGCAAGGAGAAGCUUUUCAAGGCAAACCAGGACCACAGCAGCACGGUGAUGAACCCCCUGGAGCCGCCGCUCUUCGCCCGCUACGUGAGGCUCCAUCCCCGCCGGUGGCACAACCACGUCGCCCUGCGGACCGAGUUCCUGGGCUGUGACACCCAGCAGCAAUACUGACAGCUGUGGGGCCUGGCACGGGCACUGCCAGCCUGAGGGCUUGUGUUGGCCAUGGCACUCGCUCCAGAGCCACAGCCAGCCCUCCAGGGCCUGGCCAGCCUGGAUGGUGGGGAGGGAGAAGGCCUGCAGAGCCAGUUGGCUCCUCAUCAGCCUCUUCCCGUCCCUCCUCUACCAGAUGCCACAGUCAGAUGUCAUGCUGAAGAAUUAAACUGUAAUUUUCCAGUGUAAUGUUGAAGAA